AUGAAUCUAAAAAAAAGAAUUGAUGCUUGGAACGAGUGUAUAACAAAAAUUCUCGGCAUUCCUUGGGGAUUCUUGAUUGGUGCUGAGCUAACUAUAGCUCAAAGUCGUAUUUCUUUGGUUAAUAAAAUCCAAAAUUUUUAUCGAUCCCAGGGAGUACACAUCGAUAAUAGACAUAUCGAGAUUAUUGUGCGUCAAAUAACAUCCAAAGUCAUGGUUUCAGAAGAUGGAAUGUCUAAUGUAUUUUUACCUGGCGAACUAAUUGGAUUAUUGCGAGCAGAACGAACGGGGCGUGCAUUGGAAGAAGCCAUUUGUUACCGAGAUUUAUUAUUGGGAGUAACAAAAACAUCUCUGAAUACUCAAAGUUUCAUAUCCGAAGCGAGUUUUCAAGAAACUGCUAGAGUUUUAGCAAAAGUCGCUCUUCGGGGUCGUAUUGAUUGGUUGAGAGGUCUUAAAGAGAAUGUUGUUUUAGGGGGGAUGAUACCCGUUGGUACCGGAUUCAAAAGAAUAAUGCACCGUUCACGGUCAAGGCAACAUAACAAGAUUAGCCGGAAUUAG